CUCAAGCGCGCGGGCUCUCUCUCUUGUGUGCGCUGCCACUUGGUGAACACCCCUCUCUUCCUUUUUUUUUUUUUCCUUGUCGACGUUCACGACACCAUGAGCAAGUCCACGGCUUUCAAGGCUCAACACGCCUUUGAGACGCGUCUGCGCGAGUCGGAAAAGAUUUUGCAAAAGUAUCCCGACAAGGUCCCGGUCAUCAUUGAGCCCGCCAAACGUUGCACUUUGUCGGAGAUUGACAAGAAGAAGUACCUCGUCCCCGAGGACCUGACUGUGGCUCAGUUUCAGUUUGUCAUUCGCAAGCGCAUGAACAUCAAGCCCGACAAGGCCGUCUACAUUGCCGCCGAGGUGACCGAGGGCCUCACUGUCAAGCAUGAAAUGCUCAUGACCACACAAGCCAUGUCAGUCAUUUACGAGCACUACAAGGAUGAGGAUGGCUUCCUCUACCUCAAGUACUCGGGUGACAAUGCAUUUGGCGCUGUGCUUUCAGCCUGCUAAGCUGCACCUGCCGCUUCUCGUCUUCCACAUGUCCAUGCUUUUUCUCCUUGUCAGAUCAUCUUGGCUGCGCCGGUCUCCCGCCCUAGUCGUCUCCUCUGAGCGACUUUGAAGCUCUCCCCGGGCCACGCCCGCGUCCUUGGCAUCAAUCGUGUAUAUCCCUGUCUGCAUCGCCCUGUUGUGCUCUCCUGGACCAACAAGGCCUUGCGCUCUGUUUGUAACAGUGUACCUGUUUGUGAUGAGGGUGCAGGGAGCCAACGGCUGCCGUGCUUGUUUUGUUUCUAGUUUUCCACCCGUCUGACCCGUUCUGUCAUUAUGCACCAAUCCUGGCGUCUUAUUCUUUGUGCUUGUCUACCGUUGACUUGGUGCUUCGCUGGUGUGCUUUCGCUGCUGUUGUGUGUUGCAGCUUCUGUCUGCCCGCCUUUCCGUGCAUG